AAUGUCGCUAGGUGAUAAGGUAAGUUUAUACAAAACUCCUCCUGAAGAUUUGUAUCGUGAUUUCGGUGGUAAAUUAAAAACCUGUUAUGAUGGUAAUGGCAUUCUAUUUAGAUCCCUUGAAGAGUGGAAUGCUUAUCCGUACAAAGAGGCUAUAUUGAAACAGAUCGAUGAACUUAGAUUAUUCCUUAGAACAAAGUCUAGCAGAUGGUGGUAUGGAACUAGAUCCGAAGCCGGUAUGUCUCCAGGAAACAUUGUUACACCGAUUAUUACCUGUUGUUCUAUGGACAUAAGAAUCUUGAUAGAAUAUAUUUGUGAAGGUAUCCGUGGUUCCAAGAUUAAUCUUCAUAUGCCACAAAGUAUCAUCUGCACUGAUCUAGGCCGCUCUCUUGCUAAUGAUUUUCUUUCAAUCAAAUCACACAGUAAAUUAGUUUUUUGUCAUACUUUCUUAACAUACCACAGUUUGAUAGUCAAUGGAAACAAACUCAUAGGAGUAACAAACUGGAAAUACGCUGGAUAUUAUUCGGUGGAGUUUGAUGAUGUUAUUUAUCGUUACAUCAAUCAUGGUGGUAUUUAAAAAUAUAAUGUAUGUGGUUUAUAUUAUUGUAUAAGUAUUAAUAGUGGCAACAGAGAGUAUCAACAAUACGUCACAAAUUUAUAACCGUAUAAAUACUUUACAAAUAUCGCGAAUUAAAUUCAUUCAAUCAAGUCGAAUAUGAUGAUCGACUAAUAUAUAGUUAUAAAAAUAUCUAAUACUAUAUUAAAACUUAGACAAAAGGAUAAAUUUGUCUCUUAAUAGUCAU